UAGGAGGAGCCAUAGGAGUGGUUUUCUACUGGAAAUGGCUGCGGACUAGAGUUUGUAAACCUUCCUCUCCUACUCUAAUUCUCUACCUCUCUUUGAGCUCUAUUGUCCUUUCCUAUCGCGGGAAUGUCUGGAAAAGAGAAUGUGUACGCGCCUAGCGACGUCACGGAGGACCUCACGGCUGCUGCGAUGUGGGGCGACGUCGCAUUGCUAGAGAGCCUUCUCUCAAACGGAGCAGAUCCGAACCUUCCCAACUCCCAGGGAAACACAGCACUACACGUCGCUUGCUAUUACGGGGAAAGAGAAUGUGCUAGUAUUUUGCUCCACUAUAAAGCUGAAGUUAAUGCCAAAGGAGCAGAAGGAAAGAUACCACUUCACAGGGCAGUGCUGGGCGUGUGUGUAUUGGAGCCCGGCCCAAAGUAUCAGAGCCGUGAGCAGAUCAGCGAGAAUCAGAUUGAUCUGGUGAAACUUUUGGUCGGUAACGGCUCCAAAGUAACAUUCCACGAUGGCUAUGGUGACACUCCUUAUGAUGCAGCCUUGCAGUGCGACUUUUAUGAAUGUGCUGAACUCCUUUCAGAUCUAGCAAAAGCAGAAGAGCAAGAAGAAAAGAGGCACCAGUUCUUCAAAAAUAUAGACGAUGCAUACGACGCAUGUAAAGUUGGCGAUUUAACUAAAGUGAAGGAGCUGAUGCCCGGUAUAGUAGUAAUGAUAAAUGAAUGCAAGAAAGAAUACAUGACACUACUCAUGAUUGCUAGUCGUGAAGGUCACUCAGCUAUAGUAGACUAUCUCAUUGAUAUUGGAGCUAAAGUCACACACACUCUUGGCUCAACUGCAAAGACAGCUCUUCAUUAUGCAGCGGAGAACGGUCACGCUGAUGUCAUCAAGACGCUAAUAAAGAGACUCCCAAGGAUACUACUUUAUGAAGAAUCACCAAAAGGCAGUUCGCUUCACUUAGCAGCUCGUAACGGUCACGCCGAUACUGUCAAGGUCCUACUUGACGUUGCUUCCGGCUUGUUCCCUCCUACUCCCGAGAGAAAGGACUCCUCCUCGUUAGAUGAGCCAGUACUCCCACCUGAUGCUAGUGUCAAUGUAUUCUCUCACAGUCAAGCCGAAGGACGGACUCCUUUACAUGAGGCAGUCAUUGGAGGUCAUACUGACAUUGUUAGUAUGUUUGUUAAGUGGAUUAGAGAGAACCAGCUCAAGAAGCCAGUGGCCCUCGGCCUCUCUCCCUCUUCUGCUCUCUCUAAUUCGCAAGUUCCAGUCUCUCCAAGAACACCAACCACUCCCUCGUCUCAUGGACUAGGACUACAUGCACGUGCCUCGUCAGGUUCAUCAUCAAAUCCAUUGGAUAUAAUGACAGAAAUGGGCCGUACUCCGUUGCACGAGGCCUCGAGACUAGGUUUUACUGAAAUGAUAGAGAUCCUUCAAGAAGGCGGAGCUGAUGUCAAUGCCAUAAUGAGGCCGUCACUUGAUCGAAGUGCCAAUGCUGAUCUGACUGCGCUGGUACAGGCUGCAAUGACUAACGACGUUAAAAUGGUUCGGUUCCUCCUUCAACAUGGUGCGACUGAUGCAAGAUUAAAAGCACUGACUCGUGCAAUGCGAAUGCCUUAUCACGACGUCGUUGGUCUGCUAUUGUGUUACAAUGGAAGUGUGACCAUUGAUUCCAGUAACAUGGAGUUAAGGAAGAGAUUAGGUAAGGCAAGCCCAUCCUCACCAUUGCUCCUUGCUGUUAACUGGGCUAGUAAGAAGUUGCCCUACAUCACUCCGCUGUGGAUCGAUAUGGUACUGAUUGAAGCACCGUCCUAUCUAAACAAACCAAAGGCAGAGUCCUACGCACUCUCUCAGCUUAACAUCUCUGAUAAUAAACUCAAUGAGCUACCGGUAGCCAUUUUCCAAUUGAAGAACCUCCUCCGUCUUGAAUUGAAUCGUAACAAUAUAUCAUCGCUCCCUGUCUCUGAUGACUGGGAGUGUGAUAGCCUGGAGCAUAUUGACAUGUCACACAAUCAGUUGACGUCCCUCCCUCCUUUACUAUUCACACUACCCGAGCUAAAGGAGCUUUGUGCUAAUAACAAUGCUAUACGGGACGUCCCCAUUGAAGUAUGGAAGGCUCCUAAACUACAAAAACUGCUCCUGCAAAAGAAUCGACUCGAGUCCUUCCCAUCCCCGUUCCUCUCGCCCGACUCUGGUUUUGGUACGCUAGAGGGUAUGUCAUCUGAUGGUCAGGUCCUUCACAGCUCAUUCAGUGUUCCUGACUCGUCACUCUAUCCCCACACUCCUGUCUCUCCUCCCUUUGAGGCCCACACUCCUUAUUCUGGCAGGAAGGACUCUAUUCAUUUCCUCCAGCAGUCCUAUAUACCACACGUGCAAUCUAGCCCAGUGAUGUCACAGAGUGGGAUAACUGAUCGUCGGGUCUCUCUCCCUCCUCCUCAUAAUAUUCGUAGGAGCAGACUAAGAGAGCUAUUUGAUGCCACGGACACUGAUGAAGACCCUUUUGAUGAUUACGAGAUUGCCGGUAUUGUUGAUAGCACUACCAGUGGCAACAAAGAGGGUAAGGUUCUCUUUCAGUUGGAAACUCUCGAUUUAUCGUAUAAUGAAUUGACCCUUAUACCUCAAGGGCUCUGCUGUCUCGCACCUAAACUACUAAAGCUCCACCUUCAUCACAAUAACCUCUCAUCUCUCGGGACCAUCACCGACUAUCCAUCGGAGAUUGAGUUGAUUGACGGGUGUCAUAAUCAACUCACGUCUGCUGUUGCUCCUGCCAGGCCUAGAGAGAGUCUUAGGAACCUCACUUGUGCUCAGAAGCUCCUUCAGUUUGCUCAGGAGACCAUGACUCCCACUCGAUGCUCUCACCGUAACCACAGAGUUCUCCGAAAGCUCGGGUACCUUAAAUUAGCACACAAUAAGCUAGUUGAUGUCCAGCUCUUUCGUACGACGGAGAGAGACCACGGGACUGACCUUACCUCAUCUAUUGAUGAGGGUCGCUUCAGUAGACGCUGUAAAACUGGAGGCAUGGAGAUGUCCAUCAUGCAUAAGGAUUUCACCAAGAGUUCUUUUGGUACGCCACUAAAUAACAGAAUAAAAGGAUCUUCAGUGAGUUCCACUGAUGAUGGACCAUCCAGUGAUGAUAAGAAACCCGACUCCAGCUCAGUUGAAGUCCUUUAUUGUCUCUAUCCUCAACUCUCAACACUAGAUCUGGGACACAACAAGUUACGAUCUGUUCCCUCGCAUAUUCAUCUCAUUUCAUCGCUAGCAGUUUUAACUAUCAGUCAUAAUGCUAGUAUUGAUACUCUUCCUUUGGAAUUGAGUAAUCUUGAGGGGCUCUGGAGUCUAGAGUAUGAUGGCGUACCGUUGACUAAUCCACCUGCUAGUGAUCUUGAUAAGUUUAGAUCAGCCUCGGACAAGCUACUUUAUAUGAGAUCAUUGUUGCAUGAUGCUAAACCCUAUGAGAGUAUGAAGCUAAUGCUUGUGGGUCUACAGAAACAAGGAAAGACGACAUUACUGACCAGACUACGUGAAAUCAAUGAAGUGAGGACUCCAAUAUCAACCUUUAAUGAGAGGAAGGAGGGAGAGACAGUAUCAGCAGCUGUGUCACUGAAACCAGGCGGUAUUACUGGGGCUUCAUCCUUCUUUAGAAGAAUCGGAUCAAGAGAUGCUCCGUUGUCUACUGUUGGAGUUGAUUUGGGACUUUGGAAGUAUCGGAAAGACCUAGAGCCUUCAUACCGUGGGAAAAAAUCCGUACCAUUGAGAAGUGUCACUUUUUAUACCUGGGAUUUUGGUGGUCAGGAGGAGUAUUAUGCCACUCAUCAGUGCUUCCUGUCUAACCGUUCGCUGUAUCUCGUUAUAUUCAACGUAUGUGAUGGAGAGGACGGGAUUGAUAGCCUUGAGCUCUGGCUACACAAUAUUCAGGCAAGAGCUCCGGAGUCUCCAGUCAUUAUUGUUGGCACUCAUUCUGAUCUGUUGAAAGAGGAUAAGGAGCAGAGGAAACAGGAACUGACUAACUAUCUAGAGCAAGUUGGCAAGAAUCCUCAGAAGCUAAGAGACUUGGGCCUUCCUCAGAUCAAAGAGGUUCGGUUUGUUGGAUGUCCUACCAGCGGAAAAGCUGAGGGAGUCUCAGAGCUAAGAGUGGCACUGUGGGACGUGGCAUUCUCUCUCACUGCUCCUCGUAAAAAAGGUGCUAUUGGUGGUAAUAAGGUUAAACUGUUAGAGCAACCUGUUCCAUCCUCAUACUUGAGAUUGGAGGAGAGGAUGAGGGAGCUUGUGGUGAAGUGCCAAUCUGAGGUUGAUGUAUCUCCAGUGAUGAAAGAGUCAGAGUUCUUUGAAGCAGUCCAAGAUAUUAUACCCAACCCAAGGGAGCUCAACCAAGCAGUCACGUUCCUUCAUGAAAAUGGUGUCCUCCUUCAUUAUGCUACUCCGGCUCUCAAUCAUCUUUACUUCAUUGAUCCUCAGUGGUUGUGUGACAUGCUUGCUCAUGUUGUUACCAUACCUGAAGUCAACAGGUUCAUACAACGUGGAUCAGGUCCUGAAGCAGGUAUAUUGAAGACAUCAGUGUUAUCUCACAUAUUCAAGGGGAAGCUAUUCCCCCACACCCUCAGGAACGAGUACAUUGAAUUGCUCAGUAAAUUUGAAGUGGCCCUUCUCCUGGACAGGAACCGCAUGCUAGUCCCCUCGAUGCUUCCCUCAGCUCCGAAACAAACUCUCUAUAACUUUAAGACCCUCUUCCCUCGCCCUCCGAUUGCUUAUCUCCUCCAACAAUCACGCAUACACUCCUCCUCCUCUCUCUCUGACAACCGCAUGUCACCUUAUUCCUCUCAGUCCGAUCCACUGAUGGUCAGGCUGCCCCCUAAGUCAUUCUCACCCAUGUCACCGACGACCCCUGAUUUAUAUAGGACUGGUCUGCUUUUGAGACGGUUUUAUUUCAUGAAGUAUGUUCCUAGUGGUUUCUGGCCUCGCCUCAUAUCCAGGUUCCUCACUUCGUCUGAUUUCGCAGUCAUUGUUCUCAAGGCCCUCGGGUUUAGCGAGAAAGAGAUAGAGGAAACCGUUAGGAUCAUGAUCAGUGGAGACCUCUCGACCCUCGUGGAGCUAGAGUGGUCAUACUGGACGACGGGGGUUGAGUUCUGGUACAAAGGAUACAGUUUGUUGAGAGUAGCUGAGAUAAGACCAGAGGGCACGUUCUCAGACUGUCUUCCAUCAUCAGCACAGGGCAGUAGCUACAGUCGUACUCCCAGCAUACCUUUUGAACCACUGGAAGAUUGUGAGGACCUCUCAUUCCAACUUAAUGGCCAAUGGCUAGCAGUGGAUGAGACUCCUAAUACAGGGCUGGAGGUAUUAGUCCCUGAUUAUAUAUGCCCAUCCGUUAUAGAGAAAGUACUGCCUAGUCUUGUUAAUAUUGAUGAAGGAGCAGAGGAUGAGUUUGAUCAAGAGCCAUUCCCUACUCGUGAGCACUCAUGGAUGAGCGCUCAACUCCUCUCCCAGACCGUGGAGCAGAUUGAUACAUUACUGGAGGAUUGGUUCCCUGGUAUUGGGAGCAAGGACGGAGGUAGGGGUAUGUACUCUGUGCCUUAUGUCAACCGUGUUGUCCCUUGUCCUUAUUGUGUCGGAGGUGCUGAGGUUACUCCUAAUGAUGUCUUCACUAGUAUGUCACACGGGCCAGAGACACUCACUGGGACGCCAUCGGUUAUUAGUAUGAAUACUAAAGAGGAUGCAGCUACUCCUUCAUCAACGGUCACACUAUUAGACAAUACAAACAGUAUUGAUACCAACUCUGUGAGUACUACUGGGGGUGUGGCCUCGCGGGCUCGUCGUGACCUCAUGCCUAGUCUACAGAAAACCACAGCCAGUGGGUCUCCGCACUCAAGAAGACGUUACACUAGCGAUAACAUUGAUGAUACCUCCAUUGAAACAUCUCCUGCAGCUACAGGAGUGGGUUUGAUGCAAGCUUCAAAGUUUGGGUUCAUGAUUGAGACAUGUGUCGCUGCCAGCAGAGGACUAGCUACUUUAGAGUGUCCUACCCAUCCACUUCAACCCCUGGACAUAUCGAGCUUGACUCCAGACCUUGUCUUUGGUGACCUUCCAACUCAUUAUAUCAUUAAUGAGAAACUGGUGGACAGAGGGAAGUUUGUGGCCAGUGGGAGUUUCGGAGAGAUUUAUCACGGAGCAAUAUAUCCACAUCUAUCAGCCUCUGAUGAUGAAGGACGGGAAGUUGCUAUUAAAAUCGACAAGCAAGACAGGAAGCACUUUAACAUGGAGACAGCAGCUAAAGCUUACACUGAAAUAAGAGCAGAAGUGGCUCUACUGAAGGACCUCGAUCACGAAUACAUCAUCAAUUUCAUUGGCCUAACACUCCAGCCACUGUGCUUCAUGCUGGAAUGGGCUUCAAAAGGAUCUCUUCAUGGCAUACUACAGUCCUAUUACAGAACUGAUAGUAAAGUCAGUCCGUGGACACUGGUUGAGGCCGGCAGGCAGGUCGCUAAUGGCCUCUCUUAUCUUCAUAGUCGUAAUGUUGUUUAUUACGAUCUCAAGAGUCCUAAUAUCCUAGUCUUUGAGUUUCCUAGUGCUGAUGAAAGCUUGCGAGUCUCGCUGGAGUCAAGUCCUGUUCUUGAUAAAUUGGGAAAGUUCCCAGUCCACGUCAAGAUAACUGAUUUGGGUAUCAGUCGUAAGAUCACUCCUGGUGGGGUGGUUGGGUAUAAGGGCACUCCAGCUUUCAUGGCACCCGAGAUACUCAGAUAUGUUGGCAAAGAGGCUUGCACUGAAAAGGUUGAUGUCUUCUCAUUUGGUAUGUUCAUGUACGAGUUGCUUGCUCAGCAGUUCCCAUUCGAACGUCAGAACCUAAUGCACAACCAAAUAGAGAAACUAGUCGUUGAUGGGGCAAGACCUUCAAUACAAAACAAAGAGCUCUCUAAUCCAAUACUUUAUUUGGAUAUUAUGAGGUGGGCGUGGCAACAAGAUUACCAUGACCGCCCUACCUCCAGUCAGUUGGACUCUGUUCUCUCAUUGCCAGCAGUGCCUCAUCUUGUUGAUGCCUAUUCAUUAGAAGACCACUGCUAUCAACAGGUGACAUCAGCCUGCAUUGUGACUCUACCCAUUGAUAUAAGCUCUCAGGUACCUGAUGAUGGUAGCACCAGUGAGACCAGCCUAACCCCAUCAGUCUCACAGUAUCACACCAACGUUGUCCGGGGGGACCUUCAAGAAGAGGUUUGGUUCUGCUCAAAAGAGAAGGACGACCAGACGCUAGAGAGAGCCAGUUCCCGUUUGAGUUUCGUCAGUUUCAGAGGACGAGCUAAUUUUGUCGUGGAUUCGAUAGACUUGGAGUGUGCGCCUGUUACUGCAAUGUGUUGUGUUAACGAGCAGGUGUGGCUGGGGGCCAAGGACGGCUGCAUUACACUAUACAGUGCUAUUAAUCAUGACAAGUCAUUCAGUAGGUAUUUAUCAUUGAAGGCCGAUCAGGGGAUCAUACAUAUUAGUCACUUAACUAAACUGAGACAGGUAUUAGUAGUUAGAAAGGACGGCUAUUUGAUGCUAUUAGAUGAAGUUUUAUCGGAACGUAGGAUACCAGACACGUCUCAUUUUGAUGCUCACGUCAAUGCUACACAGCUACCAGUACGGUGUGUCUUUAAUCUAAAGACCCCACUGAGCAGUGUAUUGACUCUCUCUUCAAAUGAAGAGACUGCCUACACGUGGAUCUCUUCUUCUAAUGAAGUUGUGACUGUCCUUGAGAUAAGAACAUCAGUUAUUUCUCACUGUCAGAAGCUACAGGCACGCUCUUAUUCAGAGACCAACAAGACUGACAUCUUGAGUCACAUGACUUGCGUCAAGUUAGGAGGGAGGGAUGAAAGAAGUGUAGUCUGUGGGUUCUCUUAUCCUGGCUGUGUCCUCUACAUAUGGGAGUCUAGUAACAAUCAUAAGCUACUUGCAUCGCACAAGUACGAUCAGUUUACAACGGAUAAAGUGACUGAUGUGAUGUCUAUGGGUAGCAUGCUAUACAUGAGCACAGGAGGCGGUGAAGUGGUAACUCUCUCGCUCUCAAACUCAUUGCAAGAGAUAAGCUCUCCUCUAUUUCCUAUCUCUGCUCACUCCAAGUCUCGCGGGAUUUAUAAACUCUUGAAGCUCGGCUGUAGAGUCUUUCCUAGACACUGGCUCCCGACACUCAUAGGACGCAACAAUGCUAUAGAGUAUUAUAAAGAAUUACUGGAUGAGGAGGAAAUGGCUGAAAUCAAAUCCGGGAUCAUAGGAUCACAGAGCCAGCUGUUGGUGACUAUUGGGCAUGGGUUUGAGGGACUUUCUAGUUUGAAACGAGGCGAUUCAUGGCAGGAUCAUAACAAUAACUUUGUAUUACUGUGGCUACCACCAAGAUAGUCGUUAUUAGUCUACUGUCAAAUUUAUAUAGUUUAUUAUUAUUAUUAUUGUUAUUGUUAUUAUUAUUAUUAUUAUUAUUAUUAUGGGUGUUGUUGUUAUUAUUGUUCUUCUUAAAUUUUCAAAAACAUUCCGUCUUGUUUGUAUCGUUUUUCUUGAUUUGCAUCAAAUUAUUA